CGCUUUGUUAAAUUAAGUGCACUUAAAUUGAAAUACCUUAUACGCCGAAAGUAAAAAACAAAAUGAACAUAGGUAAGAAAUAUCCUCAGUAAAAUAAGUACAGGAAAACGUCCAUUGUGUCAUCUAUUUAUGUCGUUAUCCUCCAUAUGCUUAUGAUUCAAAAUCAAAAGGCCAAUAGCAAACAGGUGAAAUGGGCAGAAGUGUCAAGCUCAACAUUUCUCUCCUCUUGUUCUUCUUCUUGUUCUUCUUGUCUUCUUCUUCCUUCACUGUUUAUUCAUUGAGUCAUACAAAUGCACAAACUGGAAACAAUUCAUUAUUACCCAAAGAAAAUCCAUUUACAGUAAAAGCCUCACUUGUUCGAUAUUGGAACAAACAAAUCUCCAACAAACUCCCUAAACCUGAUUUCCUUUUCUCAAAAGCCUCACCGCUCUCUACCAUAGAUGCAGCCUUCUUCACAAAUCUCGCCACCCAAAAGUCACUUUCCGGCCACAUUUCCACCUUCUGCUCCUCAGCCAAAUUAUUCUGUUUUUUCGAGUCGAAACCAUACCUUAACUCAAGCCCUAGUAAAGAUGCAAAAUUUGCUGUCUACAACAACAAGAAGUUCACCAACUAUGGUUCCUCACGGCUUGGUGGAGAGGACGGUUUCAAGAAUUACUCCGAUGGCGUUAACUUCGCCACCGGAGAAUUCACAAAAUACAGCCGUAGCUCCACCGGACACCGCGAGGGUUUUACCUCCUACGCGGCGGAUGGCAAUGUAGCUUCUGGAAAUUUUACAUCCUACGCCGCCGGUGCUACUGGCGGCGGAGGAACUUUCCAGAACUACAUGCCACGUGUCAAUGUCCCGGAUCUUCGCUUCGCUUCUUAUGAUUCAGAUGGUAACAAUCAUAAGCUUGAGUUUACUAGUUAUGUUGGUGAUACUAAUUCUGGAAAGGAAUCUUUUAUUAGUUACGCCAAAAAUGGAAAUGGUGUACCCGUUGGAUUUGCUACCUAUGGUGACACGUCAAAUGUUAUUGGAUCGUCAUUUAAUGGAUAUGGGGAAUCUGGUAAUUCUGCAAAUGAUUCCUUCACUGCUUAUUCGUCAAAUUCUAACAACCCGAAUAAUAAUUUCAAGAAUUAUGGGGCUGGUGGAAACCGUGGAGUUGAUAGUUUCACAAGUUAUAGGGAUUCGGCUAAUGCAGGCACCGACAUGUUUACAUCUUAUGCAAGGGGGUCUAAUUCUGGGAAAGUGAAUUUUUUGAAUUAUGGGAAAUCAUUUAAUGAAGGAAAGGACACUUUCAAAGGAUAUGGUAGUCAAGGAGCUAAAUUUCCUUCUGUUGGGUUUAAGGUUUAUGGUGUAAACAAUUCCUUCAAAGAGUAUACCCCAAAAGGUGUCAAUUUUGCUGGAUACACCAAAAAAACCGCUCCAGCGGUUGGUUCUUUGAAGACCAGUGGCAAAACCGUAAAUAAAUGGGUCGAAGAGGGUAAAUUUUUUCGAGAAUCCAUGUUGAAGGAAGGGACCGUGAUGAAAAUGCCCGAUAUUCGUGACAAAAUGCCCGGCAGGUCAUUUUUGCCCCGGACAAUUUCGUCUAAAUUACCAUUUUCUACCAAGGAAUUAUCCGAGCUCAAGGCGAUUUUCAACGCGCAGGAGAAAUCUACCAUGGAGCACGUGAUCCUCAACACGCUCGCAGAGUGCGAGCGUGCUCCGAGCCCAGGCGAGACCAAGCGGUGCGUGGGCUCCGUAGAGGACAUGAUUGACUUUGCAGUCUCGGUUUUAGGCCACAAUGUGGUUGUUAGGACUACCGAUAACGUAGCCGGGUCAAAAGAACAAGUAAUGCUCGGAGAGGUCAAAGGAAUCAAUGGUGGAAGAGUAACCAAAUCAGUCUCAUGCCAUCAGAGCCUGUACCCUUACCUACUGUAUUACUGCCACUCUGUCCCAAAAGUGAGGGUCUACCAAGCAGACAUUCUUAACGUGGAGACGAAGGCUAAGAUUAAUCAUGGUGUUGCCAUUUGUCAUGUUGACACGUCAUCAUGGAGUCCAGGUCACGGUGCAUUCGUGGCAUUAGGGUCAGGGCCUGGUCUUAUUGAAGUCUGCCAUUGGAUUUUUGAGAAUGAUAUGACUUGGGCCACGGCUGACUAGCUAGCUAGUCGAUUGCAAAGUUUGCUCUUUACUACUCCAGUAUUUAUUUUAUUUUUAUUUUGGGUUUUAUGUUGCCACAGUCCCAAAUCAUAUUUUGUAGUCCCACUACUUGUGACGAGGUUUCGUAUUGAAGGCAUUUAAUGAUUGUGUUUUCUCCUA